AUGCCAAGCUACCAUCCCGAGUACGGGUGCGAUAAACAUGAGGAAACAAAGGCAGCAGCAUACAUAGUAUUUGCAGCCAAUUCAGCCGCGGCUCAAGCAUCAAUGUUGGCAGUAACUGGUGAAAGCAGUUUUCAGUGGAUGAAGGUUUGCAAUAGAUUCACAAGGUUUUGCAUUGAAAUUGGUGGUGCUUUAUUAUGUGGCUAUUUUGCAUCUAUUUUCAUGGUUGUGAUUUCAUCAGUGUCUGCUUAUAAUCUGUUCAGAUUUUAUUCUCCAAAGCAGUUCCUUUUGUUGAAGGGCAAAUAA